AUGGCCACUACUAGUCGGCCUACCCCAGACACCGUCCGAAGCAAAGUGGAAGGCAAGGUCGCCGUCGUCACCGGUGCAGCCCGUGGUAUCGGUUUCGCAACCGCAUCCCUUCUCGCCCAACAUGGCGCUCGCGUGGUAUUAAUCGACCUAAACGAAUCAGACCUGAAGAAAGCGUGUGCCGCAAUUGGGAAGCAGUCCUCAUACCAGGUGUGCGAUGUGAGCAAUUGGGAACAACAGAUGACUCUAUUCGAGACCGUGACGAAGAAUAUCGGCCCCAUAGACUUCCUCGUCUGCAACGCAGCCAUCAAUCCGGAAAUCGCCCUGCUACAAGUAUCCGCCCCGGACGAGCAUUCAAAAAUGAACUCGCAAGUGCGCUACAAUUACCUCGCAGACGAGAAGAAUUCAGAGAUGACCUCUCUAAUCCGCCCUCCAACCCAACUCUUCGAUAUUAAUGUCAACUCCGUCCUCUUCGGCUUAAAAUUGGGCCUUCAUUACAUGAAACAGCACGGUGGAGGUCGGAUUGUGGUAACGGCAUCGGCCGGGUCCUACGUUCCCAUCCCGUCGCAGCCACUAUAUGCGGCUAGCAAGCAUGCCGUGCUGGGACUUUGUCGGAGUACUGCUCAUAUGAGUGAGGUUGCGGAGUCGGGGGUUUCUAUUUCGUGGAUUGCGCCGUGGUUGACACUUACUUCGAUGGUUGAGGGUCUUCAGGCUACGACAAACCCGGAUACGUUGAAGAGCUCGCCGGAGGAUGUGGCGUGGGGGAUUAUUGCAGCUGCGGUGGCGGAGAAUCCUAAUGGUAAGGGGUAUUGGAUUCAGGGGGGAGGAUAUUAG